AUUCAUCCGUCGUCGUCGUCGCAUCUGACGUCAGUAAGGGAAAUGGCGUUCGUUAUUGUGUAGAAAAAAAUGCCGUGGCUGUGAGUCGCAGCAACGUCGCAUUUUGUGCUCGGUCAUCGCUGCCUUUCGGCGAGUCGUCACGCGUUUGUCGUGGAACAAGUACACGCUUUUCUCGGAGUCGAACUUCGCUUGAAACAGGGUGGUGUAGGCACCCACCAAGACCGUGCUGGUAGGUGGCAAGGGGCGAGAGCAGCAUGUCGCUCUGGGCCCGUCUGCAGGAGCUUCCCGGGGAGCUCUUACGCCAGUGUCAGCUGGCCUAUGGCGAGCACUUCCCCAUGGAGGUUAGGUGUGCCUUGUCCCAAUGGAUCGAGGAGAAGCCUUGGCAGGACAUGGACCCUGACAACCCCUCUUUCGAAAUGUAUGCACCGUCUGUGGUGGCCUCCCUGCUCGAGGAGCUGCAACUCAAGGCCUCCACCGAGGAUAACUUUGUCAUGCGGCUCAAGCUCCUGGAAGCCGUGAACUCCUUUAAGCAAAACUACGGCCACAACCCAUGUGCCCUGAUUCGUGUGAUCAAGAACUGCCUUGCCACUGAGAUGCGCAUAAUCCAGCAGGCAGAGAACUGUAGCCGACUGGCCUCCCAUAUGCCAGGCCCCCAUGAUCCGCACACGGAAAUAACCCAGCAGUUGGACACAUUGCGAAGGCGCACACAGGAGAUGGAGGACGAACUUCGCCGCAUGAUCCAGAUUCAGGAGUCUUUUGUGAUCCAGUACCAGGAGUGCCAGAAGCUGCAAGCACACUACCAGCAGCUUUCAGCGCAAAACACUGGUCAGACCAAUGUGGAGCUGCUCAACAAGAUGCACAACGAGAGCAAGGCCAUGGAGCAGGCAAUUCGGCAGCGAAUCAGCGAGCUGCGUGAAAUGCGCAUUGCCUUUUCAGAAAAGCAGCAGGAGUCGGCUAAUCUGCUGGCCACACUACAGACACGAGUGCUGGACAACGAGCUCAUUAAGUGGAAGCGUGCCCAGCAACUUGGUGGGAAUGGAGUUACUUUUGAAAACAACCUUGACCAGAUCCAAGAGUGUGAAGGCCAGGCGAAUGCCCUGCUGAAAAGUGAGAAAGUCGGUGUUGGAGAGGCAAGUGGAGACAUCCUGAAUAAUACAGGGACCAUGGAGUACCACCAGGCUACAAGGCAACUGAGCGUCAGCUUUAGGAACAUGCAAUUGCGGAAAAUCAAGCGAGCGGAAAAGAAAGGCACUGAGUCCGUCAUGGAUGAGAAAUUCGCAUUGCUGUUCCAAUCCCAGUUCAAGGUCGGAGGUGGAGAGCUAGUGUUCCAAGUUUGGACGUUGUCACUACCUGUGGUGGUGAUCGUGCAUGGAAAUCAGGAGCCACAUGCCUGGGCCACAGUCACCUGGGACAAUGCUUUUGCCGAGCCGAAAAGGAGACGUCCCUCCCCCCACAACCAGAGCCGUGUUCCGUUCGCGGUGCCCGACAAGGUCCCCUGGCACCAGCUGGGUGAAGUGCUCAGCAUGAAGUUUAAGUCGGCGACGGGGAGGGGCCUGUCUGAGGACAACUUGCGGUACCUGGCUGGAAAGAUCUUCCGAGGCCAACCGAUUAAGGACGGCAACAACACACUCGUCAGCUGGUCUCAGUUCUGCAAGGAGCCGUUACCAGAACGGAACUUCACUUUCUGGGAGUGGUUUUAUGCCAUCAUGAAAGUCACCCGUGAGCACCUUCGAGCAUUGUGGAACGACAGUGUGGUGUGGGGCUUUGUUGGCCGCCGCGAGGCAGACGAAAUGCUUCGACAAGGCUGCAACGGGACAUUCCUGCUGCGUUUCAGCGACUCUGAGCUGGGCGGCGUCACCAUCGCUUGGCUCCACGAGGAUCCUCAGCAAGACUCAAAAGAAGUGAUAAUGAUCCAGCCGUUCACGAGCCGAGACUUCACAAUCCGAAGCCUGGCGGACCGGGUGAGCGAUCUCCAGCAACUCACCUUCAUGUACCCCGACAUACCCAAGGAUCAGGCGUUCGGGAAGUACUACACUCCUGUUACAGACACUCAGCCUGCCAUCAGCAAUGGCUACGUCAAGCCAGUCCUUGUCACUCAGAUACCAGGGUUGUCGGGGAUGUUGAACCUCGUAGACAGCAACCCAUCCACGCCUCAGUCGUAUUUCCACCCGCACUCACCGGACACAGGAGCGAGCAUCUACCACGAUGGUUCCUCCCUUGACCAGGCCAUGCAGGCGGGGCUGUCGGCAGCGCCUGACCUCGACUACAACCUGUGCGACAUGGGCGAGGUGGACUUUGCAGAGUUGGAUAUCCCCGUCGAUUUUACAAACUUCAACGUUACCGAGCUCACGCCGUACCCUACCAAAGCUAACUGAGCUCCUCCCUCCCCCUUCUUCUCUGACAGGGAAUCCAAUUCUGACACAAAAUUGUUGGCUUGAAAAGCCGCAAGUUACGUGUUCUGAGGCGAGGUGUUGGGAUUUUUCUUUUCAUCUUUGUGUGAUUCACACCCAUCCUACAUUUCAAGGAAUCCUCGUGAAGCCUCAUUUCUUGGAGCUCCUUGGUAUGCUCUGUACAGAUUUCAGUGCUUUGUUGAUAUCGUAGUUCCAAGAUGCUGCCACCAGUCUUGUGAGGACGGCCCUUCAGUGUCAGAGACCUUUAUAAUAGCACACUUCCUUAUGGCCAUGUAGAGUAUCUUGACACUAUUUUUGUUAGUCAUGCCAUUUAGUGUGCUCGUAGUACUAUAUGCACUGUGCUAACUGAAAACUAGUCUCAGAUUGAGGCUUGUAUGAGAGUGUCAGCACUGUGACGAAGUGCUCACUUUGGUUCCCUUUGCUGUGCUGAUGUUUAGAAUGGUAAUCAGCGCUUUCAGCCUUGGCGGCAUGUUGAGCGAUUGGGUGUGGGCUACUGCUGGCUCACCUUCAACAUUCAAAGGCCAAUCGUAGCACGGCUACACUUUUUGAAGCAUCUUGAUUAUGUCCAUCAGGCAGGAGGCUGACUCUGUAGGAGCCAUUGACGAAGUCAGACUAAUUUAAGACGAGUAAACUGCAAGCAGUUUGCGACGGUAUGAAGCUACUUUAGUUUUAAUUGGAUGCUUUUGUGAUAAGAAAGGGCCACAGCGGCCACAUUUUGAUGGGGGUGAAGGCUAGAACACCCGUGUACUUGGAUUUGGGUGCAUGUUAAAAAACCCCAGGUGGCCAAAAAUAAUUCGGAGUCCCUCAUUGCGGCGCUCUUCAUAAUCAUAUCAUGAUUUUAUCACGUAAAACGCCCAAAAUUAUUAUUGUGAUAAAGUGUGUGGACAUUUGAGUGCAGUUGGCAGUGUACUGGUGCAGCAAUUGAAGACUGGGUCCUUGGGACGUGACAGUUCGAAGUCGGGAAUGAUGAGAAAUUCUACGUGAUAUUGGAGAAGUUGUGUGUGGCAUAGUUGCGUUAUUUGGGUGCUGUCUUUGCAUACAGCUGAAAAGUAAUGGAAAAGUGGCCUACCACAUGCCUCCUUACAUGGCACUCGAGGUUGCAGAGGUUGCAUUUGAGAUGCCUCAAGGUCAAGGUUCUGCUGAGUUGUGGUUUUUGUGAUGCUGUGAUGCAGCAUGCGGGAGCUCACAACUGUGGUCAAGGCAUCAGCUCAUUGUAUUAGUUGCUUUCUACAGUGAUGUUUUUUAUCGGCCGGGCAGUACAGGCUUCAAUUCAUUUCACUUGAAUUAACACUGGAAAUAUUCUUGUUCUAUGUUUGAGCUGGACAAAUGUUCAGUAUUUUGUUGAGCUCACCAAAUUUUCCUGUAGAGUUGGAAAGUGCUACAUACGUUCAUGUUCCAUGAAAAAUGUUCUGGCUCAUUUUAAAACUGGUCGGUGUUGCCAAGGCCAACCUGCUUGCUGAUCAGUUAACAAAUGUCCAGGUUCACACUGUAUUUAGUUUGCAAGAACUCUUUGUCAUGUCAUGUCAUGCACACAAACUUUUCUUUUAUGUUACUUUUCUGUAGGUAUAGUUUUGUCUGAGUUCUUAGUACUUUUGACAGUGUCAGAGUAGUUGUUGCCGACCCUUGUAUGCUCAUUCAAGGCACACCUGCCUGCCUAAAUCUCCGAAAGUUGUGUUCAAUUGAGAAACUAAUCUGUGUAUGUGUGUGUGUACAUGUAUGUGCAGGCUGAUGUUUUUGACUUACACGCGCUCGAUAUUUUUGGUUCCGUUUCGCUUCCCCCAUGCUGAUUAUUUGUCUCUUUCCUUAUAUUAAAAAGUCCUACCGUGUUAAUUUGUAGAUAGAUUUUUGUUUGUUUGACUGAAGUGCCUCUUUUAAGUGUACGUGUGUGUGUGUGUGCAUGCUGCACAGUCAGAAGCUGUUUUCCGAUGUUCCUCAGACUGACUCAUUGACAUCGAUCUCAUGCUCUUCUGCUUUCUCACGUUUGUUUCUUAGUUCAUUGAUCAUCUUAUAUGUUGUUUGUUGUAAUUAAGCAGAAGUAAUUAUUCGUUCAAAGCUUACUUUUUCUGUAUAUACGUGUGUAUGUGUGCUUAUUACCACUACACAGAGAAGUCCAUCAUAGUUAAUCUGUCUUCAUUGGCAAACAUCUUUAUCGCAGUGGGUGUUAUAAGGAGAGCCACCCAGGAACUUAAUAUGCUGACAAUACACAUUGUUGCUUUUGAUCACUUUACCGCCAUGGGAAUGAAAAGAAACAAAAAAAGUUGUAACUGACCAGACUAAGUGCAAUACUGCUGUCUAUCCACACUGAAGUGCACCUCUGUGGCAAUCGUGCUUCUAUCCCCGAAAAAUAAAACCACCGUUACAAAGCGUUUCCAGUGCAUAGAAUAAUUGCCUGUGGUAGCAUUAAGCGCAAAUGAUUGUUUAUCCCUUUGAGGAUCACAUUUUUGCAAAAAAUGAAUCACCCAAAGGUCGCGCGUGACUUAUUUCGAGUGAAAACAACCAAAUAUUUUAGGUGAUGAAAAAAAAUCGAAGCAUGUGUGCAGUUAUGUCAUUUAUUGUUGAAUGCAUGAAAAAUAGCAUAACAAUUCUUUUAUUUCUUGGAAAUGAAGGGACAUUCACGCCACUAAUUUUUUGUUUUCAGUUAGUUUCAUACAACUAAAGUGCCGUAUUUUAAAACCUUUCAUUUCAUUUUUCACUUUUGCCGCACAUCAUGUCGAGAGCUCAGUCUCGGCAGCGACUGGUGCAAUCCCUUACAAAAACAGGUUUAGACAGUCUAUAGACUGUCUAAACCAACCGUUGGACAGUCUAUAGACUCUCUGAAUCUGCUUUUGUAAGGGAUGGCCCUAAAGCUACAUCUAAAUUGAUGACAAAGUGAGUAAUAAACUGGCUACAAUAAAUUGUUAAAUUGAUAGACCAGACAUUGUGGGUUCUUGUGCAGCUCGAGGAAAAAAUAGAUGAGGAGACACGCAUGGGAGCAUUGUAAUUUGCGAGUGCCUGCCUGCAACGAAACUAAUCGUACGCAGGACAGCCACGCGGGCAAGUGUCUCUUGGUAACGCAUUGAGUGACAACAAAGGACAUAAAAAACUAGUUUUUCUGAUGCCUAUAACUCAAAAUCACGUGCAAGAGAAUGCUGAUCAUAAUGUGCACAAGUAUGGCCAUAAACAUGAGGUAGUAUAAUACUGCGUAACUACUAAGGCGGCGGCCUUAGUAGGUGAGAGUGGCUACAGAAUAAAAUCUAUCCCUAGAAGUCACAGAAGCAAAUCGGCAGUUACCUGUUGUGUGAACUCAGUGCUGGGAAAUUAUUCAAUGCACUUAAACCUGAUAGAGGCUUAGUAUAGGUAGUGUAUAAGGGCUUAACCGUUGAAAAGCUGUGAAAUUCAAACAGUACAUAUAGAUGGACGUUCAUGUUGUUUUGAUUUAGUGGAUGUCCUUUGCUACGAACUGAUACACUAAUGCUUCUUUCCUGUCUGCACAUUCACUUAGACUGUCUUGCUGUCAAUUUAGUCUGUUGAUGCACGUCGUCUGUGCCACGAGAGAAAAUAAUGACGCCAUCACACCGACCACUCUACUGAGGUACCAGGAGAUGUCUACUAGUAGUGUAUGAUGGGAACUGGAUAAUGGCCCAUGCUAUUGUAUGAAAAAUGCUUCAUGGCCAUUCACAUUCAGUCUCCGUCACUUUUAGCAUAUGAAAAGUGAGGUGCUAACCACAAACAAGAGGAGGCAACACUAGAGGCACCGUUUGUUUGUCCAACCACGGGCAGGCAUAUGACUUAGAGGACAGUGACCAUCCUUUGACAUGCCAUAGUUGUGAACCACACCCGCACUUUCUUCUAGUAUCAUAAGAGUUUCAUGGCAGAUAUGAGCUUGUUACCUGCGUAAUAACACUGAAAAAAAGACAUGGCUCCUGUCAUUCACAUAUUUUGUACUUUUUCAGUGUAGUACUUCCUCGUUGGGGUAGAUACGGAUGGUUUGACACAGCUACUUUGGGACAAACUGUAGGAGAAAGAAAAGAAUUACAGUAGUGCUGGAAAUCCUUUAGCACCUGCUCACCAUUUGCAUAGGGUUUUUUGGCAGCGUAAAGUUUCUUGGCAGAUUUUUCAGUAAUGUUAUUCUUGUACUCUUUGGAGGCUAGUCUCCAUUGCACAUUUUUAACCCAGCACAUUUCUUAGCUUGCACCACUGCUAUAGAUAGCCGUGCACAAAGUGAUGACGGUGGGAAAUAACACCCACCAAAUGAACUUUUUAGAGUAAAAAUCCAGGCAUAAAAGAAAGCUUGGGGAUAGGUUUGCCACAGCGUUAAAGAAACAUGUGAAACAGGAGGAACAAUUUACUGAUGCCUAAUCUGUAAGCAAGCACAAGGAUUGUGCAAAAUGUGCGUGAAAGGGACAGAUAGAGAGUAUUUUUACGUAGAAAAAAAUAUAUAUAUUUGUGGCUAGCUUUAUAAGAGUGCAUUCAGGCUGAACACUGGUUGAAGGAAAGGUGCUGGAAGCCAUAGCAAAAAUACAGUACUUUUUCUGUGGCAAAUUGGAAUGGCCAUCUUGAAAACGUCUUGCUGCACAUUCACUUUAGCACUACUACUAACUGUUGUUGAAAGUAUGCUUUUAUAGUUAUUGUAGCAAUUUGUACUCGUAACGUUUCAUCGUGGUUAUCACCCAUAACUUUUCUAGCUGUAUACUGGCUGAACAGGCUUGGAGUUGAUGUACUCUGAUUAGUCAUUAAACAGAAGUUAACCUGAAGCUUAUUCAUUGCCACAUACCAUAGGCCUGCAGAAUUACAAAUUAAUACUGGUGGAGAAAUACCUUGUUGCGUUGUGUAUAGAUUAACUUUCAUGUGAGUCAACUUUAUCAUCCACAAAUAUUGACUGAAGUCACUAUUGCCAUUUUUGGAGCAUUGUCUAAUGUAUAAGUAAUCUUAAGAUAAUAGCUCUGGAACAAUGAUGCUGAUUAAUUUUGAACUUGCUGUUAUAGUUCAGUCUUAAAUUAGUUAUGUGCAGUGAGGUGAGGCAGUAUGGAGCCCCUCUUGAAUGCAGAGCACACACUUCAGCUUGCAUGAAGCUUGUCUAGUUCCUGCAUUUUUCUUUUUAGAUGUGAAGAAGCUUUUGCGCUGGGCUUUGUCUGUAGUUCCAUUGGCGACCGUCCGCUUUCUACCACCUAGCAUAGCCAUCUGAGCGCGUGCUCGCGCCCAGGAGAAGUGUUCUUCCUCUUGUUCUUCGACUACCUUGAUGAUGAUACGUGCAGAGCACUUUAGGGGCCCGGGCUGCCGUAUGCUGUCCUAGCUUGGGAUAAUGCAUACAAAACCAUGUGUGCUGGCACGCGCUACCGCGUUCGGGCCUGUGUAAGGGGCUGGGUAAGACGCUGUGACCUCUUCCCCUUACAUUCUCUCGGCAAUCACGUGAUGGCGUUGGGGAACGAGAUUCUGCAGAUGCGCGAUGAACCCGCAUAGCGUGCUCCAACAGGAGUUCGGGACAAGUAACAGCAACAGCAACUACAGUGAAUUCAUGGUGUGCUCCACUUGCAAGGACGCGUUAACAUCGGGCAAGGUGCCCGUGAUGAACGGAACAUUAAGUCGACCAAUGCGCUGCUUCGCAUCCCCACAUGGUUCCCUUCAGUGGGAGAUGGUGUAAUUUUUUUUACCAAGGUGGAUGUCACCAUCCUCGUUUGUACACAGCGUUAAAUUUUUGCUCAUGUAAGCCUCACUAGGCGGGAACUGCGACAAGUUCUUUGCUCCUAUAAAUGUGCACUGUUCACAACCUAGAUUGUUAGUACCAUAAAACACUCACUCUCUUGUCCUCAGUCGUACAUAAACCAUUGUAUCUGGAAUGCAUUGUUGUGUGCACUAUUUCAGAGAUAGUGUUAAGUCAAGUUAGCCGCUUAAGAAAUAUGUCUUCUAUGGUUGGGAAUGUUCAGUGUCUUGUAUUGAAGUUUGAUUCUUCAGGAUGAUCUACUGGAGGCCUCAAGGAACAUGACAAUGUGCUUUUCGGCAGGAAACAAAGAGUAACACGAGCAUGUGGUAGUUUUCUUAUUAAACAUUCUGCAGGAGGUCUUUAUUUCUUUUUUUUUUUUAAGUCCAAGAACCGAACAGCGCUAAUGUUUUACAUGAAGAUAUAGAAUGCAGUGCCUGUAAUUUCCGAAUCAGUAAAACAUAAAACCACAGUUCUGGUGGAAAUCUGAAACAAAUGGAACUCAAAUUUACUAAGCUUUUGUAAAGCCUUCGAAGGCUUACCUUUGUGAGCUUCUAUUAGUGUCUUAGGUGUUAUAUUUGCGGCCAGUUUUACUUGUGUAUAGGGCAGGCCACUGGUAUGCAGCACAUGCUAGUGUGUAGCACUUUUUUUUUCGUGAUGCUGCAACUGAACUUUUGCUGGAAGGAGGCUUGAUGCAUUUUGUAGGCAUGUUGUAAGUCACCCGUCAAGGAGAUAAAUAUUUUCAUACGUUUCGUUAAGGUAAAUUAGCUCGUGUAAUAUGCUCUUAUGUUACUGAUUAAAUUGGCUUGUUCAGACUGAUGUUCUACGAUGCUCUCUCUCUACAAGGAGAAGUGGUGUGAAGACAAAGUGCACUAAGAUGUGGAAUACCUAGAGCACAGUUAAUAUAAGAUUGCAUAGCAUAUAUCAGUGUAAAUAGGAACAUGAACUUGCUACAAGUUUCUACAUUUGACAGUGUUUGCUGCAUCUGUGUUAUUUAUUUUCUGACAGUUAUCUUUGGGUUUCAUUCUGCAGAACUUCAUUCUACAGUUUCCUUCUCAGUGUCUUUAUUUAAGUUUAUGUUGAUGGUGCAUGCAGGCAUGUUUCUGGACUUUCUGAACUCGCCAGCAAUCUUUGUUGGAAUGACAGGCACUUGAGCGAUCAUUCUAUCAUUCAGCAACCAUGCUUUUAUUUGUGAAAAGCACAGCUGUCCUGGAAAAAAUGGCCAGUGACUAAACUCUUGGAAGUUACCUUAACUGUGGCUAACAUAUCUGGAAGUUUUCUUCUGCUUUCACUUACCAAGUGGCUAAAUAAAUGUUUUUCUCCAAACUCGGUCUUGCUUGUGGUUGUUCUGGAGUUACUGAAUCGUGCCUGUUCAGACGUGCGCAACUUGUUUUUACAUCUAGUACUCUUGGUAAUGUGGUCUUCUCUCUUGUUAAGCACACCUAGAGAUAUCUCGCAUUUUCAUCGCUAAAGAUAGUCAAGCUACCGCUUUGCGCUCUAAAAGCAAAUGAAACAGGAUUUGCAGGAUCAGCACAUGUUGUCAUGUGGCCUUGAGAAAAUUGCCAUGUUAUGCCAGGCUGUCUGACCUGCAUUGCACCCAAUUGAUCGCUUUGUCAAAUUAUGUUCCAUUUGCUUUCAGUGCACACCAAUGAUUUGAGAAUAUGAAUCUGUGCUCAGUGCACAUUGCUUAUUGACUGGCUGUGCUUAUAUGUACAUGAUAGCAUGAAUUGAAAUUCAGACAACUCAGAAUAGACAAGAAUGUGUCUGUUCAGGUUUUGCAGAGAAGUGAUCCUGUGCACUGCGUUUUGAGAGCAAGCUACGUAGAAAUGCUGCAUCAUGCUCACAAAUAGCCGUUCCCAAUUUGUGUUGCUUUUGUUGGUGUAGGUGGUCGAGCGACAAGAUGAGUUUGCCACAUGCUGCGCUCUAUGUGGGCCUCAUGUAUGUUAUCACUGUUCAAAGAAGUAUAUUCUUAACUGCAGCACUCUAACCCCCAACCUUUCACUUUUACGGCUGUAGCACAUGCAUCGUCGUCUUUGACCUAAUGUGCUGUAAAAGACAGCAAACUUACAGAUUUCGAUUGGGAAGUAGUAACCAAUAGGGCACAUUGUAAUAUGCUUGUUGGCCGGCAAAAUGUUUUGUUGGGCUGCUUGGUGACAAUCUAAAUUACUACACUUUUCUGUUGACUGAGAAAUUGUGAGGGCAUCAGUUGAAGAGGCUUUCAGAUUAGGCACCUUGAACCAUUGCUAGGAAUGUGCAAUUCUUUUGUGUGUUUGCAAAGAUCGAAAAUGAGCUACUUGCGAAAUCAUCACUGUUAAUUGUGAGUUUUUAUUAUGUGUCGGACUUCUAUACUUUCACUGUUUGCACGACUGCUUCUAUUCAAGCAGCAUCUCUUGAACCAUGACAUUUCAUUCUUGUACUUGUGUGCAAUGAAAAUCACUCUCCCUCCUCAUUUUACAUUGAGCUAUAUGUGUUCACUUGCCUGCUUAAAGUGCUAACUAUUCUUGUGUUAUGAGUGCAAGAUAUGCAUUUCCAGAGCAAGAUUUGUGCUUGAUUCUUCUGCUGUUGUUCAGGAGGCAUGGAUAGACAUGCAGAGUAUAUUGGCAUUCGCGCAGAAGUGGUGAAUUUUAUCUAACUGGUUAGAAUGACGACUUUCGUUUAAAAUAAUCUUCUUUAAUUUAUUUAUUUUUACUUUGAAUUGGUGCAAUACCCCGUUUGUGGUGCAAUCUUCCUUCAUUUCCUAAUUUACUUCCCCAUUACUAAAGUGUCCUAGUACUGAGAUAUCACUGAAGAUAGUAAAUGUUGGUUUGUGGUUCGCCUGAUUGGUCCUGCCUCUGUGCCCUGUUGUUUUACAAUUAGUGCAGACAUUAUGCGGGCGUCUUUGAAGGCUGCGUUUGACUGUCUUUAGCUCGUACGUUUUGUGCCGUUGUUUCCACUAGACAUACUUGAAUAAUUUCUUACGGUUGAGACCUCUUCACGGCUGCAAGCAGAAUCAAGCACAAAUCAGUACACUCCCUUUCAAGGAAAGCAUGAAGAGAGCUUGAACAAUUGUCUUUUCAGAAGUUACUGAAUUCAUCGGAAAGUGAGCAAAAGUGGACAGAUUGUUCAGCUUGUUGGAGAAUCCUGGUUACCAAUGUUUGUCGUAAAGGGAGCUUACAUAAUGGAUGGCAAAGCAACCUCAAUUGAGGACGGACUCGUACGAUCGAUGAACAUUACAUUUUCUGGUGGUAUCGCUAUCUGUUGCCAUGGGCAAUCGUCUUGAGGCGGCUUUGCCAAUGUCCGUUAUAAGACUUGCAUUGUAGACAUUGUGCGCAAAUGUGUGAUAGAAGGAAGACUAAGGCUUUCUGUACGGACAUUGUUGCCAGACAAACACCUUUUGUUACUGUUUAUCAAAGAAAAAACUCUUGAUUCAAGUACAAAGCAAAGCUGGCACUUCAAUUGCUUUUCUUAUCACCAUGCGACUACCAGUCUGGCGUUUCUGUUUUUUGAAAUGUUUUACUUUAUUGUGCAUUGUCUUCCCUUGUAGAUUAAAUGCUUGUUGAUUGAAA